AUGCUUCUGCCGUUUGGAGCCCCGAAUCUUUGGGGUGACAAGGCUAAGAAAGAUACAGAAUCCAACGUAGAAUCCAACGUGGAACCUAUCGGCUGCCCAGUAUGCGGCGACCUUGCGACCGAAGGCACGAAUAUGGAUAGGUGGAAGAGGAGAUCCAUCUUAGAGCUCGAGGCGAGUGCCAAGGAAGGCUGCAAGUAUUGCCUCCUGAUCAGCAAAGGAAUCAGACAGUGCGUUCCGGAGAGCGAGCUCACAGACAGCUCAUGUCUCCAGAAUCGAUUGGCUCGCGUUCUCCCAAGGGGAUCCAAGGACGAUGCACCAAAUAGAUACGGCAUCUGUAUGUUCCAGCUCGGGGGCGAUGAGCAUUGGAAUGAGAAGAAAGUUCCGGUGUGCGCAAUCCCUUGUGGGGACACAAGUGUGGACGCUGCAAUGGAUCAGGCUAAGGAGUGGCUGGAGGAAUGUAUAAAAGAUCAUGACAGCUGCGGCGGUGGGAAUGAGAAGCCAGCUCCGACACGCCUCAUCGACGUAUCGAUUGAUCAUACCAAAGACGUGAGACUCGUGGAGCUCAAUGGUAGUUUGUCUUGUUACUCCUGCUUGAGCCACUGUUGGGGAGGUAAUGGAAGUAUCACGACCACCAAAGACAAUAUGGGGGAACGGAAAGAUCGGAUCCCAUGGUCAGCUCUUUGCUUGACGUUCCAGGAUGCCAUCAUGGUUGUUCGUCGUCUCGGCCUGCGUUACAUUUGGAUCGACUCGCUGUGUAUCGUUCAGGAUGACAAGGACGAUUGGGCAAGGGAAGCCGCUAGAAUGGCCAGUAUCUACGAGAACGGGCACCUGACCAUCGCGGCAACUAGAUCCGCAGAUCAUGACGGCGGCUGCUUCUCCAAAACUAACCCGCAAUUCGAAACUCAUAAGGUAUCUGUCUCAUCCUUGGGGAAAGACGAGCUCACGUUGUACUUUCGCCAAAUGAUGCCGCAUUGCGGCUCCAUAUUAGGUUCGCCAGAGCAAAUCGUCGAGUUCCCGCUACUAGACCGCGGCUGGGUUUAUCAAGAACGUAUCCUAUCACGGCGCGUACUGCAUUUCCAGAACAAUGAAAUCUCGUGGGAGUGUAUGUGCAGAACUGUCUGUGAGUGUAAAGACGGAACGGAAAUCUAUGGGGCCUACAUCCGUCCUCCGUAUCGCCACGCCGGGAGUUUUGGUCCUCGUUUGGUCGAACCCAAGAGGGACCACUACUCUGUUCUCGUCGCAAAGUCGCUCCCUCGCAAGAUAGAUCGCUGGCACGAGAUUGUCCAGGAAUACUCGGGUCUCAAGAUAAGUUACCAGAAUGAUGCGCUACCGGCACUCGCAGGGUUAGCAAGGCAGAUGCACCGGCACCGAGAUGGUGACGCGUAUUGUGCCGGUCUCUGGAAUUUGACUCUCGAUGUUGACCUGCUCUGGGCCGCCGAGGACGACCGAGCGCGGCGUCCUGACGAGUGGCGGGGACCAACUUGGUCGUGGGUUUCGACCACGAGUGCCGUGAAUUACGUAGAAGCACACCACCGCGCCAUAGCUAAGAAGUACGCCGACGUCACAGACGGAAACGUCCGGGUCUCUGAGUUUGACCAAUUCGGCCAGGUCAUGCAGCCAACCUGGCUCAAGGUCCAUUGCCCUAUAUUCGAGGCCGCUGUGCAUUAUGCCCCGGAAGAUUCGAACCGCAAGCUGGAGGAUGCGUCCGGAGCGGCCCGCUACGAGAUCCAUGUAGAUGGGUCCGCUGUUGGAGAAUUUCACGCAGACUACGACCUCAAGGCGGCACGAGGAGGGGAGGAAACGUGUGUGCCGGACGGGUUCGAGGUAGAUCUGGCCCUGAUGGCGAAAACCUACAAUAAAUACGUCUACGUUGUCUUGAUUCGGAUAAACUUAUGGCCACGGAGCGAGCGAGAGCUUGUAGGGUCAGACUCCUAUUCGUCUGGUUUGUUCCGCAUCCUGCUACCGUUUGGAACAGUGGUUCGGGAGCGGAUAGGGCUGCUUCUAGUCACACAUGUGCGGGAUACAGUUUCGGUGUUCCAUGAAGACAUGGAGCCGAUAGAAGAGGAGAUGUUUUGGAGAUAG